AUGGGCUGCUGUUUCGGUAUUCCCAGGCUGAGGAGUGUGUGUCGGAGCCCAGAGAUCCCCCUCUCUUUCUCUGUGUAUAGCCUCUCUGGGAGAGGAAUCAAUGAACAACUGCAAGAGGCUGCAAGAAAAAGGUUGUGGGCCAUGGAGAAUGAUAACAAGGAAGUCAAUGCAUUGUUCAAGGAACUCUCAGCUCGCCUUGUUUCUAUACAAGUCGAUAAAGACCAGUUCAUUAUCACCUUCAAGACUAUUGAGGAAAUAUGGAAGUUCUCUACAUAUCUGAAUCUAGGCCACGUGUCUCUCUGCCUGGAGCAGCUCCUCUUUGACCACAACUAUUGGCUCAAAUGCAAAUUAGUGGAAGACACUAAGAUCCAUGUCACAGUCAACAAAGAACACCUGGAGGCCAUCUACCAAGGUCUCCUGGUGCAGGAAGGUCAUUUCUCUAGAACUUUGCACACUGUCCUUCGUUCAGGAGAGAAGGACAGUGGGGAGUACCUGAGGCUCUGCAAGAAUGAGUUGAUCUAUGUCAAGAACAACAAAGAAGAAACAGAAUGUGAAGGCACCUCCUUGCUGACUGGUCUUCGGGGCUUGGUGCCUGUUGCAGCUAUAGAACCACUGUCUCUCCCCUUCCACCAAUGGUUCCUAAAAAACUACCCGGGGACCUGUGGCAUCUAUAGGAAGAAUGAUUGGACAAGUUCCUAUCAAAUUGGUAAAGGAAAAUGUAAAGCUUUGAGAGAUUACCAAGGAGAAGAAAAAGAUGAACUGACCUUCCGCCAAGGAGACAGCAUUGAGGUCUUCGGCUUUUUCCUAUCAGGACUUCGCUGGUUUAUUGGGAAAUUGUCUGCAACUGGGGAGACUGGUUUUGUUCAAACCAAACACGUAGCUCCUGAUUCUUACAUUCCACUGAGCAAGGCCACUGCCUUCCUUAGUGAAGAGGGGAAAUUGUCCUUUUGGGACCCAGGAAAUGAGAGGGAAAGAGCCUGUGCUGACUUUCUCCGAUCCCUAACCCACACUGACAUAUCUUCCAUCUACCGGCUCAGUGAGUCUUCUCAAGAUCCCUUUGAAACUCAAACGACUAGCUUGGCUGAAGGUUUCGAGGGAAGCCAAACUGGUGAAGCCUGGGAGGAGGACACAGCCACCAGCUCUGGACAGUGCAGUGACUCUGGUGAAUCUUCACUAACCUCAGACAGCUGUCACCUGCCUGAGCCAGAUGACCUUGAUGACCCUGAGGUCUUGAUGGAUCUGAGUUCCGGGCAUGAGGAAGAGGAUGAGACUGCCGCAGUUUUUCACCCUUUUCUGACCCUACUGAACCAGGAAGGUUAUGCAGGCCACUUUGAAACCCUCUAUGACCUUUCCUUCUCACUUCCUGCUUCUUCCUUCUAUGGUUUUUCCGAUGAGGAUGAACUCAUCACUUACCUGGUGACCUCAAGGAACUAUGCCAAGCGCAAUCACAUGACCUGGGCCCAUGCCCGCCUCUGCUUCCUCUUGGGACGUCUGAGUGUUAAGAAGGUCAAGCUUUCCCAGGCCCGAGUAUACUUUGAGGAAGCUCUCCAGGUUUUGAGUCAUGGUUUCAGGGAUCCCGCUCUGGUUGCUGCUCUCUACAUUAAUUUGGCAGCAAUCUUCUUGAAACAGAAACUGAGGCCCCGGGCCUCCUCGACUCUAUUAGAGAAGGCAGCUUCUGUGCUGGCAUGUCUUCCCACUGGUGGGGUGAGAGCUGAAAAUGAAAUGGAAGUGGUGGCUCAUAUCCUGAGGGAGGCCAUUGCCUCAGGGAGCAGUGCCCUGGAGGCCCGGGCCUGUUUCCUGGCCAUUCGCCUGCUCCUCAGCUUGGGCCAGUAUGAAGAAGCCCUGCCCUUUGUAGAGCGCCUGCACCUUCUUGCAGGCCCACCCCCUGCUGCCAUUUUGAGCUUCUUAUAUGAUAAGAAAUACCUUCCCCACCUGGCGUUGGCCUCAGCCAGGCAACAUAGCUCCCGAAGGACACCGGGGACGGCCAUAUCUCUCUGGCAAGUUAGUUUGGUCCUAGAGAAUACAGGGAAGCUCCUCAGGUCUUCCUCCUCCUCAGGCUAUGGUGACAUUUCUGCCCUGGCCUGCCCUUCCCUUAGACAAGCCUUGGCUGCCUCUCAGGAACAGGAAGACAUUAGGACCCAGCGGAUUCUCUGUAUCAUCCUUGCCAAAAUGUAUUUCCACCAUAGCUUAUCUGAUGGAGCCAUCUACUACCUGACCAGAGCCAUGGCCCUGGGGCAGCUGCUGGGAGAGGAAGACACCUUUGAGUCUUCCCUCUGCCUUGGCUGGGCGUAUCUCUCAGCCCACUAUGCAGGGAGGGCUUUGGAAAUCCUGGAACCCCUACACUCCUCCCUGUCCAAGACAGACAGCAUUCUCCAGAAGGGAGUAGUGCAUAAUCUCCUCGGCCUUGCUCAUGAAGGAGAAGGCCAGGUGACUCAGGCGACCAAAAACUAUCACUGGGCCCUGGAGAUGGCUGAGGAAAUGGGCCACGUUCGGAACCAGGCAGUGGCCUUGGCCAACCUGGGCCACCUGAUCUUCAGGUCCCGGAAACAGCAGCUGGCAGAGAGCUACUUGACCAAGGCUAUCCAGCUGUACUCUAAGCUCCAGAGCAGCAAGGACAUAGACACAGAACUGGGGCAUGUGACACUAUGGCUGGCCCAAGUUCUGGUAGAUAGACAAAAGAUAGAUGAGGGCCGUCUCUGCUAUGAGAUGACCUUGCUGUUUGGCCUGAAGCACCAUCAUCUAAAGACCCAGCUUCAAGCUACCAAGUCUCUCUGCCAUUUCUACAGUACGGUGUCUCCAAAUUUUGGGGCCUCCAUCAUCUACCACGAGCACUGGCUAAGGCUGGCUCAGCAGCUCCAAGACCAUGAAACUGAAGGUGUACUGCUAGAGAAACUCAGCCAGCUCUACUUGAACCAAAACACAAUCACGUCACUGAAACGUUCUCUCGCCUGUAUCAAGGAGAGCCUGAGAAUCUUCAUUGACUUAGGGAACCAGGCCAAGGCCGCUGAAGCCUGGCUGGUGGCUGGGCAAUUACUUUACCUUUUGCAGGAGGAUGAGCUGGUGGAAAUGUAUUUUCAGGCAGCCAUACAGAAUGCCCUGAAGUCGGAGGAGCCUUCCCUAGCCCUAAGACUCUAUGAACGAGCAGGGGAUGUGUAUUUCAAUGGGACCCGUAACAGAUACAGAGCAGCUGAAUAUUAUAGGCGGGGAGCUGUCCCCAUAGCCAGGAGGAUAAAGGCUUUCAGCAUCGAGCUCCGCCUAUUCAACAAGCUUACUGAGCUGCAGCUCACCCUGCAGGGCUAUGACAAGGCACUGGAAUUUGCCACCUUGGCUGCUAGGCUCAGCACCGUUGCAGGAGAUCGGCUACAAAAACUGGUGGCUUUUCAUCGCCUGGCCACAGUCUACUACUCUCUGCAUAUGUAUGAGAUGGCUGAAGACUGCUACCUGAAGACACUAAGCCUCUGUCCACCAUGGAUGUACUGUUCUCAGGAGGCACUGUACUAUGCUAAGGUAUACAGUCGCUUGGGCCACAUGACCCUUGACCACCUUAAGGAUGCCCAUGAUGCCACUGACUACUUCCUGCUGGCCCUAGCAGCAGCUAUUCAACUGGGUGACAGCAAACUUCAGGACUCAAUCCGGAGCAAACUGAAGACCAUAACUCACAGCCCUCUGUGGUGCAGCAGCCCAGGGGGUCAGUCUGCAGAACGGGCCAGAUGGCUGAGUGGAGGAGGACCUGCCCUCUGA